AUGCCAUCCAUUCUUACCGAUGCGGAUAAAGAGACUGUCCGGCGAACGGUCCCCAAACCCUCCAACAAGAUACUGGCGGUUGCAGUUGCGCGAUUAUACGUAGCACAUCCAAAUCCUCAAAAAUGGACCUACACUGGACUACAAGGAGCUGCGGUUCUUGCUAACGACUUGGUUGGGCAUACAUUUUGGAUUAAGUUGGUUGAUGUUUCGCCCGCUGGUAGAGGCGUUGUAUGGGACCAGGAAAUUUAUGAUGGCUUCUCCUAUAACCAGGAUAGGACCUUUUUCCACACCUUCGAGCUGGAGGAAUGUCUUGCGGGAUUAUCGUUCGCAGAUGAGAAGGAGGCAAAGACUUUCUUGAAAAAGGUUCAAGAGCGAGAGAAGAGUGCGAGUAAAGAAACAAAGACGACUCCAUUUUCCUCGCUCCGGGGUCAAGGACCGCCUCCAACAACAGGCGGCAAAAGUCAUAGUCGUUUUGGGCUUGACAACCUACUCCACCUCCCGCCCCCGCCCCCUCCUCCGACAGUAACAGAGCUUCCAACAAGCCCGCAACGGAAGCAGACGUCCGCCUUAGAUACGAUAGAUCCGUCAUGGAAGGGCCUGCUCGACGAGCUACUUGCCAUGGGCAUUACAGAGGACCAAAUAGCGGAAAAUUCGGAUUUUAUCAAAGCGUAUAUCGAGCAGAAGCAGGCCGAUGAGCUGAACGGUAUAUCGAAGGAAGCCCCGCCUGAUUCCCAGAGGAAAGCGAAAGCUCCACCUCCGCCUCCGCCACCAAAUGCCCCACCAGCAGCAGCCCUCAGCCCCCAGAAUACAGGAAAGAGGGGUGCACCUCCUCCUCCGCCACCAGCACGACGUGGCCGCGCUCCCUCCCCACCACCUGCACGCGAGCCUUCUCCCCCAUCCCCGCCCCGGGAACCUUCUCCAGUUCGACCACGUUUCAAGGCACCUCCUCCCAUCGCGGAGGCGGGCAAAUUCGCCAAUGCUCUCCCGGGCAGCCAUAGGGCUUCAUCAGGUUCAAAUGCAGCCCGGCCGGGAGUACCAGCCCCGCCGCUGCCACCAAAAACUCCUUUGGAAGGAGAACGAAAAGUGUCCGCCCCACAACUGCCCAGUCGAAACCCAGUCCUCCCGCCUCGGCGUGAAGUUAGUCCUGGAUUACCUCCCGCUUUACCACCCAAGAUUCCCCAUGCUACUCCUCCGCCCCCGCCACCACGCCCUCAAGCUUCUCCAACUUCAACUCCCCAGUCACAACACCUGCUGCCGCCGCAAACAGUCCCAGUACCACUCCCAGUGCGUCCUGCACCGCCGCCCACAUCAGCUCCUGCACCGCCUCCUCCGCCUCCGGCUCCCGCACCAGGACCAGUACCGUCAUCGAGCCCAACGCCACCUCCACCUCCACCUCCGCCUCCAGCUCCAGCUCCCGCUAGUACUGGACCGGUCCCGCCCCCGCCCCCGCCUCCGACUACUGGUCUUCCUCGCCCUCCUCCCCGUUCUGCACCUUCAAAUAGUGUCCCUCCACCUCCUCCUCCGCCCUCUGGAGGCGCCCCUCCACCCCCACCUCCUCCAUCUGCAGGUGCUCCUCCUCCUCCUCCUCCACCGCCGCCGCCAGGUUCCGCAGCUAACAGCGCUGGUCCUCCGCCGCCACCGCCAGCGUCAUCAGCACGCCCGUCGUCCCUUCCCAAAUCACCAGGGAACGACGAUCUUCUAGCUUCAAUCCGUGCAGGAACAGGUCUUCGAAAAGUCAAAGACAGCGAGAAACGAGAUCGAAGCGCUGCCAUGGUUCCAGGUGCAAGCAGCGAGACUCCUUCCUCACCAGCAUCAGGCGCAGGGAGCGCAGAUCCAAAUUCGAUGCUGGGGUCUCUUCAAGCGGCAUUGAAUAAGCGGAAACAGAAAGUUAGCGGUAGUGAUGAUGAAAAGUCCGAUGAUGAGUGGUGA